AUGAGUGCAAGUGCAAGUGCAAGUGCAAGAAAUAGGUCUCCUUUCACACCAACUCAGUGGCAAGAACUUGAGCAACAAGCUCUUGUUUUCAAAUACAUGGUCACAGGAACACCUAUCCCACCAGAUCUCAUCUACUCUAUUAAAAGAAGUCUAGACUCUUCAAUUUCUUCAAGACUCUUUCCACACCAUCCAAUUGGGUGGGGAUGUUUUGAAAUGGGAUUUGGCAGAAAAGUAGACCCAGAGCCAGGAAGGUGCAGAAGAACAGAUGGCAAGAAAUGGAGAUGUUCAAAGGAAGCAUAUCCAGACUCCAAGUACUGUGAAAGACACAUGCACAGAGGCAGAAACCGUUCAAGAAAGCCUGUGGAAGUUUCUUCAGCAACAAGCACCGCCACAAACACCUCCCAAACAAUCCCAUCUUAUAGCAGAAACCUUUCCUUGACCAACCCCACCAUAACCUCACCCUCCUUCCCUUUCUCUCCUUUGCCAUCUUCUAUGCCCUGUGAGUCCCAACCCUUUUCCCAAUCCUACCAAAACCCUUCUCUCAAUCCUUUCUUCUACGCCCAAUCAACCUCCUCUAGACCCCCAGAUUCUGAUUUUCCACCUCAAGAUGCCACUACCCACCAGCUAUUCAUGGACUCUGGGUCUUAUUCUCACGAUGAAAAGGAUUAUAGGCAUGUUCAUGGAAUAAGGGAAGAUGUGGAUGAGAGAGCUUUCUUCCCAGAAGCUUCGGGAUCAGCUAGGAGCUAUACUGACUCGUAUCAACAACUAUCAAUGAGCUCCUACAAGUCCUAUUCAAACUCCAACUUUCAAAACAUCAAUGAUGCCACCAACCCAAGACAGCAAGAGCAACAACACUGCUUUGUUUUGGGUACUGACUUUAAAUCAACAAGACCAAGCAAAGAGAAAGAAGCUGAGACAACAAGCCAGAGACCCCUUCACCGUUUCUUUGGGGAGUGGCCACCAAAGAACACAGAUUCCUGGCUAGAUCUUGCUUCCAACUCCAGAAUCCCAGCCGAGAAGAAAGCAUGGGGUGGAAUUAAGAGAGCAAAUGAUGAAUGCGUGGCAUGUUAUGUUGGUGCUAAAGUCCCCUCAAAAGAGCAUUCUAAUAUAGCAUUCUUACAAAAGUUGAACAAAUCCGAGGGUGAACCGGGAUUUGCAAAUUUAUUGAGGAUCAACGUUCUGUGA